AACUUUUGAAAUCUUUGAAUCGUCAAGGAUAUACUAGUAACAUUAUGAUUUAUAAAGCGAUAGGAGUUUGUGAUAAGAGAUAAAAGCUAGAUAAAUGAUACGCGUGGAGUGUCCAUCUUAAUUUCAAACGCAUUCUCCAAUCCAUAAAUAAAUUUAUACUCAGUCUAGGGGUAUAUAAACUCGUCUGUUGCCAUAAUCAAACUCUAGUCGAGUAUGAAUCAACCGUGUGUCAUGGGCUCGAUAAAAAUGGAGCCUCCGAGCACUGAAACUAUUACUGAAUUUUUCGAAGAUAGUCCAGUUGUGAGUGGGAAUUCACUAGUGUAAUAACACAACGCCUCAUGAUUCUGGAUAGAAUCGAUCCUGGAGACGUCUUCUUCCAGAACGUCCUGCACUGGGGAAUGUGUGAUGAUACGAUUCAGGAUGUUGAGUUGGUAGAGAAAAAGGCCGCGGUGAAAAAAGGAGAGAAUUAUCUGAGUUACUUGACAAGAUUUACUCUCAAAUACAUUUGCAGUGAUGGUCACAAUGGAAAAGUAGAGAAGAGAGCUCAUCUGAUCAUGAAAGAGGAGCCAAAUGCGAAUGUUAAGACUCUGGAAUAUAUUCGUGAUCUCGAUGUCUUCCAGACUGAGCGGUACAUGUUGGAGGAAAUUGUUCCGAAGGUGGAGAAACUUGUUGGAAAAAGAUUGGGCCCCAAAGUGUAUUACUCAUCGAAUGAACCAUGUACUAUCGUUAUGGAAGAUUUAAUUUCACUCGGCUUUCAGAAUAGAAAUCGUAAAAACGGAUUGAAUAAAGUUGAAGUAUCCAUUAUACUGAAAUAUAUCGCGAAUUUUCAUGCCGGAUCAAUUUUAUUGAACGAGCAGAAUCCUGGGUGUGUUUCCCGCCUGACGACUGGCUUUAUCAGUAGUAAAACACCCGAGGCAUUUUUCUCAUUUAUUUCAAAAGGUUUGAAAUCUAUUGCAGAGCAAAUCUGCAAUUGGAUGGAUCCAAAGUUUAUCCCAAUAUCUGAUAAACUCCACAAGAAAUCCAGAGAAAUUUGUCAAAAUCUUCAGCGAACUUAUCAAUAUGAUGAAGACGAAUUUCAGGUCUUGAAUCAUGGAGAUUUGUGGGUCAAUAACCUCAUGUUCAAAGAUGACAAGAAUGGAGAACCACUGGAAAUGCGUAUGGUUGAUUAUCAAAUGUGUGUUUGGACAUCACCUGCAGUCGAUCUUCUGUACAUCUUCAAUAUUGUUCCUGAGACCAAUAUCAAGAUGAUCCACGAUGACAUCUUUUUACAACACUACCUGACUCAUUUAUCAAAUACCAUGGCACGAAUUGGGUGCACUGCGAAUCCCCCAACUUUGGAACAACUGAAAAAAUCAAUGUAUAAGCGUCGAGAUUAUGGUAUUAUGGCAGGGCUCACUUUUUGGCCGAAGAUGAUUGCAGAGGACGACGAAAUCGAGGACCUGGACGUCGUUCUUGAACGAGGAGAGGCAUCAGUUGAUCUUCUGAAGAAUCCGAAAGCCCGAGAAACAUUGGCGAAAAUCCUCCCUAUGUUGGAUGAAAGGAAUUAUUUAGAUUGAAUAUUGCACUAUUUUUUAUUCCCUUUGUUUACAUAUGUACAUAUUAAAAUCAUUAUUAAUCAAUUAAUAAAAUUUUUAUC